AAAAGUCUAAUAUCUUACUACAUUUACGUAUCCUAUUUCGUAUUUUUAUAGAAUCAUUAACCUGUUCAUUAUUUUUUAUAAUCAUAUAUUCAGAUACUGUAAGUUUAUUAUAAUCACGAUGAUCAUAAAUACUUAAUAGCGAUUACGCGGCGAAUGCAUGUAUGUACAGUGGCCGCUCGCAUAGCUAAUCAUUCUACUGCUGAUAUCGCUGAUACCGCAAGGCUGUGCUUGACUAGUCCUGACUGAAGUUCUGAUUAUUCAGGGUGUAGACUGCGAACUGUGAACUCUACUGCCUAAACGCCAAGAAUAUUAGAAAUAUCGUAGUGUGUACGUACGCAAGCGACGGUGAGUUUGGGAGUCAGUCGCCUUUUAUCGCAAUCGUGUGCGUUGUGUCGUGGUGACACGCGAUGCUAAAGUGUGCUGAAAUUCAUCGUUAGGAGCAACGUGAAUUCAAAAAUUAUUCAAAAUACUAUUCAUUUAGGAAUUUGUAUCUAAGCUAAUUCUAAAAUGAACGACUUUUUCAUAUAUUUGAUGCUCGUAGCGGCUUCUUUCUCUUCCGGCCAGAGCCACGUAGCCGGUUCACAAGUCGUUCACAUUCGUGGGAUACCCACAUCGAAGAAUCCCUUUUAUUCUCCUGACCGAGACUUCGAAUGCCUCGACGGGAGCUUACUUUUGCCAUUUAGCCGAGUUAACGAUGAUUAUUGUGACUGUGCUGAUGGGAGUGACGAGCCGGGAACUGCAGCUUGCACCAACGGGUCGUUUUAUUGUAGAAAUGCUGGUCACCGAGCAGCUUACAUUCCGUCGAGCUGGGUCAACGACGAAAUUUGCGAUUGCUGCGAUGGCAGCGAUGAAUACGCCUCGGGAAAAGCGUGUGUUGACAACUGCCAUGAUCUGGGACGCGAGGCUAGACUGGAGGCACAAAAGGCAGCCGAGUUGGCUCGCGAAGGUAACAAGAUUCGUCAGGAACUCUUAGCAAGAGGAAAACAAAUUAAGAGUGAAAUCAAGACACGCCUUGUGAAGAUUCGUGGUGAUUUUGAGGAAGCCCAGCUUACUAAGAAAGAAAAGGAAGCUAUUAAAGCACAGGCAGAGGAACGAGAGAACGCUGCUCUGGAAAAGUACAAGCCUGUCGAAGCAGAACAGCCAGAGCCCAAAGAACAUGAAGAUAAUGAAGAAGAGCAACUCAGUGAUUCGGAGGCUGAAGAUUAUUUUAAAAUGUUAGAUUCUGAUUCGAGUGGCUCUAUUACCAUUAUUGAAAUACAGACGAGAGCUACCUUUGACAAGAAUAGAGAUGGUGUUGUAUCGGAAGAAGAAGCUAUCUAUUUCUUAAAUGGCCAAAAGGAAGUUACACUGGAUGAGUUCCUCGAUGCUGCAUGGGCAAAUAUUAAACCAUUCCUGAUGCUAGAGCAAGGAACAUUCAAACCAGCCCCUGCAGACGAUGUUGAGGGCAUGCAGGAUGGUACUGAGGAACAUGAUAAGGAAGAGGAUGAAUACACAGAAGCAGAAGAACAAGCUGUAGAUGAGCAUGAAGCUCAGCCAGAGGAACAGCAAGUUCAGUAUGAUGAAGAAACACAAGCUCUUGUAGAUGAAGCAAAUAGUGCAAGGGAAAAUUUCAAGCAGGCAGAGAAAGCAAUCCAUGAUCUAGAGGCUGAAAUCAGAAGACUCGAAGACAAGAUUGAUAGAGAUUACGGUGCUGAGGAAGAGUUUGCGUCUCUAGAUGGCGAAUGUUUCGAGUUUACCGAUUCUGAGUAUGUAUACUCGCUCUGCCUCUUUGAUAAAGUACGUCAGAAAUCCAAAUCGGGCGGCAACGACAUCGUCCUAGGCUACUGGCAUGAAUGGGUUGGACCUGAACAAAAUAAAUAUUCGAAAAUGAAGUAUGAUAGAGGACUGGCAUGCUGGAACGGACCCACACGUUCUGCUAUCAUCACCUUAACUUGUGGGAAGGAAAGUAAAUUAAUUUCGGUAACAGAACCAAGUCGUUGCGAAUACGCUAUGGAAUUCUCAACACCGGCAAUGUGUAACCCAAAUAUUGAACAAAGCAAUAUGCACGACGAACUUUAAAUCUACAAAUUUUAGAUUCCAUCAUGAUUCGCUUAUUUUUAAACGCAAAGAAAAACGUAUCAAAAAUCGGGAACUCGCACUUUCAAGGAUAAAUAUUCGAUGACACCAAUGAUAUCAACUGUAUUCCUUCUUCGUUCCUUCGUUUCUUUCCACUAAGAAUUGCAGAAAAAGUCACACCAUUUUCAGUAAGAAAUAUUCCGUCACAUUUCAUCCUUGAAAUUAUCACAGUGUUAUAAUAUCAAUGCAUAAUCAAUUUAUGUCCAUAAUUAUGCCUCUGAUUGGUUGAUAGGAUACGUGUACUUUGAGAAAAAAUUUAUUAGUUUCCUGGUUCAACACUGUAAUUGCCACGAACACAAUGACAGUAUUAACACGCAACUGAAUCACAAUUGCUUGCUUAUUGCUAUUUGUAAAUUGUAUUGGGUUAUUGAGACUGAAUUAUUAAGAGUAAAUAUCCACGCGGUUCAAAGUUAUUCGUAUUCGGUCUCUCUUAACUGCGGAAAAGCCAUUACAUUUCUCAUUCCUUGGCGGCAAUAAGUGGCAACAAUGUACCUUUCCUCUUUUUCAUUGCCAAUCAGAGAUAACUAAUUGUGCGAAACGUAAGCAACAAGCGAUGAAUGCAUGAACGAACGAACAUCUCCACUCUUGGCUAUUUUGCACUUGUCAAGUCACAUCGGACAUUCAAAAUAAAAAGGCACAAGCCUAGACGUUCCAAUGGUUUGUCCGAUAGGAACGUACAAAUAUAAUAAUGAAUAUUUUGUAAUUUUGUAGAGGCACGUGGCCAUGGUCGCAUGUGCAAUUGGGUGCGGAAAAAUAAAUUGAACACUUUUGUUGAACUGUGUAA